CAAUGUGAGCUCCAGUAGUGAUCCCCACCAGCGCUAGUGUCACUUUUAUGGCCACUACCCUCACUUUUGAAACACCAAUAUUAUCUCUUAUAAGCUCUACUGGUAUCAUAUAACCAGCAGCGCUACCAGCACCAUCACAACCACCACCAGCUUUCACCAGCACUCCUCACAGAAACCAGCAUCAGUAUCAUCACCGGCGACUGUGACGACACAACAAAAUCCCCUGGCAUGGGAUACCACAAGCUACUGUUGCUGUUGUUGCUCCUGGCGAAAACUUCCUCUUCAGGGCCAGUACUUGGUGACCAAGUGGAAGAACUACAAUCACUUGCUAUUGACCAAAUGAACGAAACAAAACCACUUUCUGGGAACCAGGUAGAUGAAACAAGCUCAGUUUCUGAGAGACUGGUAGAUGAAGCUAGCUCACUUCUUGGAAGCCAGGAAGACGAAUCAAGAUCCCUUCCAGGGAGCCAAUUAGCUGAAACGAAAUUACCUCUUGGGAAAAAGAUAGGUGAAACUCAAUCACGUGACAGUAACCAGUUAGAGGGAAGAGUGACUCCUGUCGAUGAUGUGGGCUCCGACACCCAGGAAUCUGUGGAGUACACAGCAGCGGUGUUGGAGUACGAGCCUUACAGCAGCUGGGAAUCAGGGGGUCUUGCCCUCCUGCAGAAGAACGCCCACAACUACGUUCACUACGCAACCUUGGCCAAGGAACAGGGAGCAGAUAUAAUGGUUUUCCCGGAAUACGGCUUGAGCAGCACAGACGUGAGUGGUGGGGAGUUUCUCUCCCUGACCCAGCUCGUGCCUCACCCUGCUGACCACGUGCUGCCCUGCCACCUCCCUGACAACAACUUCACCCAAAUAAUGCGUGACCUAAGCUGCUGUGCUAGAGACCUGGGGAUGUACCUAGUAGUGGACCUUAUCGAACAAGAGCCAAACACGGACGUCACCACACAACCCGACACCCACAACAAUGACAGUGGAGUGGGGCGUAGAGGACGCAACCAGAAUUCACUUUUUCAACAUAAAAUUCCUGGAGAACAGUUGUCAUCGCUGGAAAACGGUAAAGACAAAGCUGAAAAGCAACUGAACGAGUGUACUGUCUCUGGCUACAGCUUCUACAACACCCAGGUUGUCUUUGAUCGUUCAGGUGUAGUUAUAUCCAGGUAUCGCAAGAAACACCUGUUUCUGGAGCCGGAGUUCACGCCAGGGACGGAUGAUGAUGAUGUAGCUAUUUUCACCACAGACUUUGGCGUCACCUUCACUCUUCAGAUCUGUUUCGAUAUCAUGUACGAGAGCCCGGGGCUGCGGAACGUGAUGGCUCGGGGAGUGAGAGACGUCGCUAUGAGCACUGCCUGGAUUGACGAGCUUCCCUUCCUAACAGCUCCGCAGAUCUUCAGUGGAUGGAGCUCUGGUCUGGAAGUCAACUUGCUGGUGGCCAACUACCAUGACCCCACUACGAGUAAGCUGGGGUCUGGUAUCUUCCGGGGAGUGUCCUCGCAAGCUGCCGUCUACACGUAUGACCACCACGGAGGCACAACCCUUCUGGUAGCACCUGUCUCUACACUAGGAACGCGAUUACGGGUAAACCAACCUAGUACAACGACUAACUCCACUCACUACACGCGUGAGAGUUCCAGUGGGUUUUCUAUUGCUGCCGUUGGAACAACCGAGUCUUUUAGUGAUCAUGACUAUGCCUCAUACCAGUACCUAAGUACAGACCUGCAGUCUAAUAGUUCUGAUGCGUCCUUUAAGGAAUUCCUUGGUAGUUUCGGUAUAUCACUAAUCCAGCCUAAGUCUCGUGUUUCCGAGGGCGCAACUGAACAAACGAGGGAUGAAGACAAGUUAUAUUUUAUAAACGAAAAUUUGGAGCGCUAUAAUCACAGAUUUUAG